AAUUAUGCCAGAACUGUGGGAGGUAUUUAUUUAGCCGGUUUUUAUGUUGAGGAAUUUUUUGAAGACACGCUUUUUAAGCCGCCGCACUAUGUCCUGCUUUUCGCAAGUGAUAAACCCGAUAACGGGUGAAAACUCCUGGCAGGAGCGAGGCGAUGACUACGAUUACCAUUUAGAGGUGGCCAACGCGGGGUUCGGCGACAUGUUGCAUGACUGGGAGCGAAACCAGAAGUACUUCGCUGCCUUGAAGAAAACAAUCGGCGAAAUGAGAAAAGCGGGCAGAGAGGUGCACGUCCUGGAUAUUGGCACCGGAACCGGAAUACUCUCCAUGAUGGCCCUGGAGGCAGGUGCGGAUUCGGUAACCGCCUGCGAGGCCUUCUUACCAAUGGCCAAUUGCGCGGAAAAAAUCCUGGCAGCGAAUGGAGUGGGUGACAAGGUACGCCUAAUUCGAAAACGUUCCACGGAGAUCCUAGUUGGUGAGGACAUGCCAAGAAAGGCCAACCUCCUGGUAGCCGAACUUUUGGACACGGAACUAAUAGGCGAGGGCGCUAUAGGGAUCUACAACCAUGCCCAUGCCGAAUUACUCACAGAGGACGCACUUUGUAUUCCCUCCCGCGCUAGAUGUUACGCUCAAGUGGCCCAAUCUCCACUAGCUGCACAGUGGAACAGCCUUAAAACGCUUGCUAACUUAGACGGUGAACCUCUGCUGCAACCGCCUGAGCAGCUUAAGGGAUGCCAAGGAGAGGCGGCUCUUCACGACGUUCAGUUGUCUCAGCUUCCAAGCUCCGCCUUCCGCCCGCUUACCGAUCCCGUAGAGAUCUUCCAGUUUGAUUUCCAGCGCAAGGAAGAGAGAGAGAAGAAGCGGGACCAACUAUUAAAACUGCAAUCCAAACAUCCAGGUGCCGCCGAGCUGGUCUUCUACUGGUGGGACAUUCAGCUGGAUGAUGGAGGUGAGAUACUGCUCAGUUGUGCUCCUUACUGGGCGCAUCCCCAAAUUAAAGAACUGGCGGCCGAGAAGGGAAAGGAUCAUCCGCUGCCUAAUGUUGUUCCCUGGCGGGAUCAUUGGAUGCAAGCCAUUUACUACAUACCCAAGCCUCUGCAGCUGCUCGAGACAGGUAAAUCUUUUCACCUGAGCUGUCAUCACGAUGAGUACUCCCUCUGGUUCGAUGCUCGAGAAGAGGUACCAACGAAAAGUGUGCGGCGACACACUUGCUCAUGUGACCUGCACAUGACUUACUCGCGCAGCAGAAUUGGUCAGAUCAACCAGUCGCCUCGAAACAAACGCUACCUGCGUUACCUAGAGGAAAAUAUUGAGGCGGGAAAAUCCAAUGUAUUGGUCCUCGGUAACGGUUGCAUGUUAGGCCUGGCGAGCUCUGCUUUGGGAGCUGCUUCUGUCCAACUCCAUGAACCACACCGAUUCUCUCGAAGAUUACUUGAAUCUAUUGUGCAACACAACCAACUGAAGAAUGUCCAGUUUGUGGAUAAAGUUGAGGAACUUGAAGACUCGCAGCUGGCUGCCUUUACCCACAUCUUUGCAGAACCCUACUUUCUUAAUGCCAUCCUGCCAUGGGACAACUUUUACUUUGGCACCUUGCUUAUGAAGGUUAAGGACAGGCUAUCGGAAAACGUGAUGAUUUCGCCAUGUUCGGCGAGGAUCUAUGCUCUACCCGUGGAGUUUCUUGAUCUGCACAAGAUUCGAGCACCCGUUGGAACUUGUGAGGGAUUUGAUCUGCGUUUGUUUGACGAAAUGGUUGAGAGAUCUGCACAGCAGGCCGUGUCCUUGGUGGAAGCCCAGCCCCUUUGGGAAUAUCCCUGCCGCGCUCUUUCUGAGCCCCAAGAAGUACUCAGUGUAGAGUUCAGCAACUUCAGUGCAGAGCAUAACCUGAAAGGAACCAUAGAACUGAAGCAUGCUGGAACAUGCAAUGGAGUUGCCUUAUGGGUGGACUGGCAAUUGGUAGAUGACAGCAGUCCCAGAUCUGUCGUUAGCAGUGGUCCUAGUGAACCUGUAAUUCCCGGCGACUUUGUGAAGUGGGAUAUGUUCGUGCGACAAGGAGUUCACUUUCCUCGAAAAAUCAAAGAUGCCUUAACCCACCUCGAAUGGAGCACGGAAUUUAAACCUCUGCUGGGCGAACUAAACUUUACAUUUAGCCAGAAGAUGCUAUAAACCACUCUGGGAAAAUUUAUCAUUUAUUCACAAAAAUUUAGACAAAUUACAACGAGCAAUGAACGUCAGAGUAAAAGCAAUGAGUGAUAUUUA